AUUAAUACUUACACCGGAAGUGAGAACGUUACUUCCUGGAUAAACACUGAAUUAUAGAAAUGAAGAUUUUUUAUUUUGUUUGUGGUUUCCUAUUGGUGACAUUAGUUGACUCCGUUUCAAGUGCCUCAACCACACCAGCUCAAACAGCAGAGGCACCAACAACCAUUCACCCUGUCACAACGUUAACACCAGAACAAGAAUGUGCUGCCAGAAACAGUAGUUGUGAAGAAUGCUUGAAGCUUGCUAAGUGUCUGUACUGUAAAUCUAAUGGACAAUGUACUCCAUACCCUGUUGGAAAGGUUCUGCCACCAAGCAGUGUGUGUAAACUAGAUCAUGCUAGAUGGGGAGUCUGUUGGUUGAACUUUGAGGCCCUGAUUAUAUCUAUGGGAGUUAUAGGAGGAUUGAUUAUAAUGGUUGUCACAGUUUGUAUCUGUUGCUGUUGUUGCUGUAAAGAUAACAAGAAAAAGUAUGCUAAAGAAGAUGAAAAAUGGGAGAGAAAGAAGGCAGACAGGAAAGAAAAAGCUAAUGAGAGAAAAGCUGAGAGAAGGGCCAAAACAGAUGAGAUAAGGAGGAAAUAUGGAAUCGAAGUCAAAGGUCUUAUGAAAGAUGACAAUCCAUAUGAAAGAUUUGAAAAUGCCUAAAGAAUACCACCAAAGGGCAAGACUGUGAACUGGAGUGUUAAAUUUUAAUUAUUACCAUUAAAUGACUGUGAUUAUUGAAAGAUUUUUUGGAAAUGAAAAAGAAAUUUAUGUAGAUCACCAAUUUUGUUUGAAAAGAAAAUGAAACAUUUGCAACAAAGACUGUUGAAAGUAAUAGCUCGUCUAAGGUUAUAUGAAGAAUGUCAAAUUUUCACAUAAAUGAAGCUUUUUUAGUUUUUACUUUUCCAGUGUAAAUAUUUUCUCUUGUAUUUUGAACCUUUUUUUAACUACACAUUUGAAAAAGUUCUGUAUUUGCUUGAAGUUGUAACUGUAAUCAUUGCAGUGCUGCCCUAUAUUUAUUGUGGCAUUUGAUUAAGUAUCUAAACACUUAGCUACAUAAAUGCUACAUUCGUUGACAUUUUAGCUUUCAUGAUUUAAAUGGAAUAUGCUUAAAAAGAAAUGUUAGCUGUUUUUCAAAAGCAAGUGUAAAACUUGACUUCUAUCAAAUCCUUGUUUACCCAGUAUAUUGGAAUGCUCAGACACACAUAAACACAAAAUACAUAAAUAUUUGAACGGUUGAACGUUCCUUCCCUCCAUUGUGGAUAGUUCACUUAAAACUUUAAUUUACAAAAGGUUGUGAACUGCAAUGUUUAGUUUGUUUAUAGCUGUCACUAUAUAAUAUGUAUAUACAGUUUAUAUUGAGGCAAGAUAAUACAAAUUCUUAGUGGAUAUUAUUGUCCUUUUUAAACAGAAAAACUGCUUUCUAUUAAAAAUGUGAAUGAGCCCACCGUCCACCUACUUUGCUAAUUAAAGAAGGUUUAUCACUUUGUGAGUAUUUUAUAUCUGUUUUUUAUGCCAGUUCUAAAAGUCUUCCAAAAAAUCAUAAUUUAUUUUUCUAAACAUUAUUUUGCAUAUGUUUUAAAGAGGUAAAGAAAAGGACAAAAGUUAUAUUCUUAAAAAAAAAUUGAUAAAUAAUUCUGGACAACAACUUGUAUUUAAUAAGUGUGUUGUAAGCUUGUAUAUAACAUUUUUGUCAUGUAUGAUAUGAGAAUUUUUGUUUUUAUUAGAACAUACAAUGGUCUAUGUUAUUGUCCACUUUAGUCAGAAUGUUAUAGUUAUUUAUUUGAUUUUCUUUGCAUUCAACCAGUUUUGACCAGUUUGAUAGAUUUGUGAUGAAUAACAUAUUAAUUUAACUGUGGCAUGUGAUUUCCCAUAAUUCAUUUUGAUUAUUGCACUCGAGAGUUUUUCACUAAAUGGUUAUAGAUUCUAUCACUUGACCUUAUUUAUGAUAUUUAUUCAUUCUCGAUGGUUAAAUAUUCUACAUGUUUGGUAAGCCUCAUGAAGUUAACUACCAGUACUUAGAAUGGAUGAAAAACAUAAUCAAUAGGGAAUUGUAAUGUAAUUCAGUUUUUUAUCAUAUGUAGGGAAAUGUAAUUUUAAGGUAAACAAAGUUCCAUUGAGACAAGUUGUAAACAAAUUACAAGUUUCUUUCAAUAUAAAUCAUAUUCAAGUAAAAUCAUCUUCUGAUUAGAACAAAACAGAUUUUAUCAAAACUGUUUUUCUAAUUGUAAAAAGAACACUUUUCCAUGUUACAAUUAUUACAAGAAAAUAGUAUUUUUUAGUAUGGAAGUGUUUAUGUGAUUAUGCUGUGCAAUCAUUGUAUAUAGUGCAGUAAUGCAGUCAUUGUUUUGUGUCAUUUCAGGAUAGGAAUUUUUUUCUUGUACUUCUCCAAACAAAUUAUUCAUGCCAGUGCAUUCUAUUUGGUACUUCAUUUUAAGUUUGUGAAAAAAGCCAUAUAUACCUGUUAAAACAAAUGUCUGCAUAUAUAAAAAGUUUUUAUCAAGAAAAGGAAACACUUUCUUGCUUUCUUGCCCGUGAGACAUGUAUGUAUGUAUGGUAGAGAUUAUUAUUCCUUUGGAUGUAAUGAGAAUUAGGAACCUUUGAACUAUUAAUGCUGAAUACAACUUUGCCUCAAAUAUUUGAGAAAGCUAUUUAAACAAUGUAAACAGAUAUUAUUACUCCAUAUUUGACAUAACUGUAUUGACUUCUUCUAUCAAAGAAUCCCCUACAGUAGUUAGGAAGUCCAUAAGUGUUUUUAUUAGACAAUCAAAGGUUUGAAAGAUACUAGAAACAAUGUGAGGAGGUUAAAGUCACUUUUAGAAAGCAAAUUCACAAAAUGUUCUUAUAAACUUGAAUGGAUGUCUAAUGUUAGAAAAAAACAAAGUCCCAAAUAGACUUUUUUUUAAAUAGUUCUUUUUAUUAUAGGCAGGUACAUAGGUUUUAUUAAACUGGUGAACAUAUUGUUAAAUUAAAAUAUUUCAAAAUUGUAGUGAUAAAUCAUCAAUCCUAACAAAAAUUUAGCAUUAGAUUGGACGACUUGCGACAUUCUGGGUAACUUGACUAUUUCAUUCUUUAUUCUGAAGAUUGUACCUCCUGAUGAUUUAUUUUUGUAAAUAAAUGAUUAGAUUGUUAGAAA